AUCCACUGUCGUGACCGUCACGGCUACAGACUCUGUCGAUACCGGAGAUUCCAUUUCUUACGCUUUCGUCGCUACUUACUCCAUGUUUGCAUUGGAUACGAACGCGGGAACCAUAUUACUUGUCACGAGUAUGGAUUACGAGACGGCAACCAAUCAUCAACUUCUAGUGACGGCAUAUGACGGAACGACUUACGUCACUGCGAUCGUUACAAUCACUGUGAACGAUGUCAACGAAGUUGCUGUUUUUGGUAGUUCGACGUACACACCCACUUUUGCCGAGAACCAAGCCACAGGAACCACGUUAGUCCAAGUUGCUGCUACAGAUGGAGAUGCUAGUACAUUUGGUACGAUAACGUAUUCAAUCUCCUCAGGAGACGGAGCAUCCUACUUCGCUAUCGACUCUUCAACAGGCAUAAUCACAUCUACAGCCGUCAUUGACUACGAAGUUAACACGAUAUUUUCCAUGAUAGUACAGGCGGUGGACGGAGUUCCCGCUCUAACAGCUCAGUGUCUUGUCCAGGUCACCAUUUCAGACGAAAACGACAAUACGCCCACUUUUAAUCCGACAACCUAUACCGUCACAUUAUCAGAAGACUCGCCAGUUACUACAACUGUGACGACGGUUUCUGCAACUGAUGCUGAUUCCGUAAGCAACAAUAAUAAUGUAUUCGAGUACAGCACCAUUUCUUCAGUACCGUUUACAGUCGGUACUACUUCCGGAAUUAUUACUAGUAAUGCUGUUCUUGACAGAGAAACAACAGCCAGUUACGACAUAGUGAUCCUGGCCACAGACAAAGGCGCCACCCCUCUCACAGGGACCUCUACCAUAACCAUCUCUCUGAUAGACGUGAAUGACAACGACCCCAGUAUAUCUGGUACCUAUGACAGCACGAUAGAUGAGGAUACCGCCGUCAACACCGUCAUCUUCUCAAUCACUGCCACUGAUCCUGAUGAUGGACAGAAUAGUCAGUUAGCAUACUCUAUCAAUUCUGGGAACACGAAUACAGACUUUAAGAUAGAGGUCGGAACAGGAAUAAUACAAACAGUGAAUGCGCUAGACAGAGAAACAACAGCAUCUUAUACAUUAGAGGUAUACGUUGUUGACAAUGGAGCGACACCAAGAACAGCUAGUGUAACAUGCACAGUAACCAUUGGUGAUUUAAAUGAUAAUACACCAGCAUGGACGGCAGCACCAUACACAUUCACAGUGGACGAAAAUGUAGCAACUGGCUCAAAUGUUGGUACCAUAGCAGCUACAGAUGCGGAUACAGGGGUUAACUCGGCGAUAAGUUACAGCAUAAUAGGUUACUGGUCGGGCGGUUCAAAUCCUGUAACUAUAGACACUUCAACAGGCGUAAUAAAAACAAGCGCUAGUCUCGAUCGAGAGAGUGUCGACACGUACGUUAUUUGGUGCCGUGUCCAGGAUUCAGGAACGCCAGUAUUAUCUUCGGAUACUAAUGUUACCAUAACGAUAAAUGAUCUGAACGACAGCGAUCCUACAUUCGCUAGCACGACCUACACCGCCACAGUGACGGAAAAUACAUCUGUUGGCACAUCCAUUACUACAAUGUCUGCUACGGACGCCGACACAGGAGUCAAUGCAGUCAUUGUGUAUUCUUUUGACACUUCUACAAUAGCCGGCGCUAGGGCAGAUAUUUAUAUGACAAUCGGGUCGUCUACAGGUCUGGUUGAAGUUAAGGCCUCAAUUGACCGAGAGGUAGAUGCAUCAUUUACUGUAGUUGUUUUGGCUGUAGAUACAGGUACCACACCAAGAACCGGAUCUACAACUCUCACCGUCAAUGUGGCUGACGAAAACGAUAACUCCCCAAUAUUUUCCCCCACUUACUACAACAGUGAGGUACCGUAUACAGGAUCAUGUAACCCUACAAUAAUAAUACUGACUGCUACGGACGCAGAUGAGGGUGCCAACGCACAGUUGUAUUAUUACUUCACAACGUCUAACAGUGAUUUUACUCUCGACUCCAGUACCGGUGCCAUCACUCGGGCUACGACAUUGUCAAGCGGUAAGAGAUACAUAACUUACGCCUAUUCCCAUGAUGGAGGAACCACCCAACUUACCAGUACCAGCGCAACAAUUCGGAUAGAUGUGUACACUCCUUCAAUUGUCGUCAUAUCAUUUUACCUGGGAAUUAAUAAAACUUACUACGAGUCCGUAGAAAGUGCCUUCAUCAGUCUGUUGGAUGCCGUGUACCAGGUGACAUAUCCCAGUGCCUCAGUCAAACGCUGGUGUAUAGUCGAAUCAUCCGGAAGGUAA